AAAUCACCUGUAUUGAACCGAAAACAUCAUACGCCGCCGCCUGCCUCUCCCGCCGGCCGUGGGCUGCCGCAUCCCGGCCUGGUGCCCUCCGGCGGCCGCAUCCAAACCCCCCCACCCCCUCGCGUAGAUAAGCCUAGUAAUCAGUCUCGGCGGCGCGGGACGCUGUGGCGGGGGAGACCAGUGCGAGACUGCGCUGUCUUGUCCAUUGGGGGGAUUUGGGGCUGUGCGCGAGGCAGUUAAUAAUGCCCGUCCUCUCCCCAAGUCAGAGUCCGCUGCCAUGGCCGUCGCCGUCGCCGUCGACGUCCCCUCCUGCAUCCAGCUCCUCCGCUCCUGCAGCGCGGUCGCCGGCCGGCAGCUCCACCAGCUCCUCCUCAAAUCCGGCCACGUCCCCUCCUCGCUCCCGCCCACUAACUCCGUCCUCCUCAUGUACGCGCGCGGCUCUCCGCUCCACUCCCGCGACGCCCGCCGCCUGUUCGACGAAAUGCCCACGAAGAACUGCUUCUCCUAUAACUCCAUCAUCACCGCCCUCUUCAAGUCCGGAGACCACCGUGCGGCUCUCCGCGUGUUUCGCUCCAUGCCUGACAGGAACACCUUCUCCUACAACGCGGUGAUAACUGGCCUCACUGGUGCUGGGGAUCUCGACACCGCGAGUGAGUUGCUAGAUGAGAUGCCCGUGAAGGACGCCGUGGCUUGCAACGCUGUGUUGCAUAGGUACGUACGCUGUGGCCGAGUGGAUGAGGCCUUUGCUCUGCUCAAGAGAAUUGGUUCGCAGUGCGAUUCGGAUGGGAUCUUACCAUGGAAUGACCCCUUCGUGCUUACCACAGUGGUUGGCGCCUGUGCUGAUCGGACGCAGUAUGAGAUUGGGAGGCAAGCUCACACCCGGUUGGUGGUUGCCAACACCGGGAUUGAUUCGAUAUUGGGCUGCGCGUUGAUUGACAUGUAUUGCAAGUGUGGGGAUUUGGACUCCGCUCACCAAGUUCUUGACAGGUUAGAACAUGUCGAUGAGAUUUCGCUGUCCGCAUUGGUCUAUGGCUACGCAUCUUGCGGACAGUUGCACAAGGCGUUAUGUCUUUUCGACAAGAUGGAGAGCCCCAGCAUUGCUCUAUGGACGUCUCUUAUCAGUGGUUGUAACCCUGCCUAUCAUGGAGAUGGUGCUUUUGUUCUUUUUGUAAGGAUGUUGCGGUCAGAAAUGUUGCCUAAUUCUACUAUUUAUGCCAUUGUUCUGAACAUGUGUGGCUUUUUAGGCAUGCUGAAGCCUGGUCAGCAGACGCAAGCUUGUGCUUUAAAGAGUGGGGCUGUCAAUGACUUGAUAGCAGCAAGUGCUCUCAUUGACUUCUACUCGAAAUGCGGCCUCUGGGCAGAUGCCUGCCAAGCUUUCAGUGAGCUUAGGCAUCAUGACACCAUUGUGCUCAACUCAAUGAUCACUGUAUACUCAAACUGUGGCCAAAUAGAUGAGGCUAGAAGAGUUUUUCGUUUGAUCCCUAGCAAGAGUGUCAUCUCAUGGAAUUCUAUGAUUGUUGGGUUCAGUCAAAACGGGCAUGCUCUUGAUGCAUUGGAGCUGUUCUGUGAGAUGCACCGGCUUGGUUUGCAGCUUGACAAUGUAGCUAUAUCCAGUGUCCUUAGUGCAUCAGGCAGCAUCUGCUCUGUAAGUUCCGGGGAGCAGAUUUUUGGUCUUGCUAUUGCGCUUGGUCUGCAGUCUGACCAUAUUGUAGCCUCCUCGCUCAUUGACCUAUACUGCAAAUGUGGUAACUUGGCCAAUGGACGCAGGAUCUUCAGUGGUAUUGCUAAUCCAGACGAAGUCCUGUGGAACUCAAUGCUUAUAGGUUAUGCUUCUAACGGGUAUGGACUCGAGGCACUGAAACUUCUAGAUUUAAUGCAAAGUAGGGGUCUGAAGCCAAGCGAACGGACAUUUGUUGGUGUCCUUUCUGCAUGCUGUCAUUCUGGGCUUGUGGAAGAGGGAUUGAGAUGGUUUUACCGGAUGAAGGAAGAUUUUGGCGUGAGUCCAUCAGCUGAGCAUUAUGCAUGUGUGACUGACCUGUUGGUCCGAGCAGGUCGACUGGAUGAAGCAGUUGAGUUCAUAGAGAACAUGCCUUUCAAAGCUGAUGCAAUUAGUUGGACUUCUAUUAUUGGAGGAUGCAAAGCCCAGGGCAAUGAGGUUCUGUUGGACAAGGUUGCAAACAAAUUGAUGGAAACAGGAUUGUCAACACAUUCAAGUUUGUAUGUGCAGCUGUCAAGCACACUCGCAGCUCAUGGGGAUUGGGACAAAUCAGCUGAGAUUAGGAGUAUGAUGCAUGACAGAAGAAUCUCAAAGAAUGCUGGGCGCAGUUGGGUUGACAGGGCAUAGAGGAAAUGACCAGUGUCACCUCCCACAGGCGUCUCGGUCCAUUUUCUCUUGGGCCUUCCCUAUUGGCUUUGGUUUCUUCGAUGUGUUCUUCCGCUAGUUAGGAAGUGGUAACAAACAACGAUCCUGCUAAAAUAUGUGCUUUUGAUCAUUUGCUUAGUUGAACCAUAUGAGGUGAUUUCUUGGAUGUGGAUUCCUGAAGCAUGCACAGGUUAAUGCUAAUGAUUCAGUCCAUGAUAUCUUCGACAUCAAAAUUGACCAUAAUGAAAAUGUGUCAACCACCAAAAAGAAAAUCUUUAGCUCUAAAGAAGAGAAAGGAAGGGCUCUGAAGUUGAAUAAUGAACACGGUCUAGCCCAGGUAAGCUGUAAGAGCACCCUUUGCAUUUUGGUUGACCCAGCAAAUGCUAGUUACACAUGCGCAAAGGAGGCUCUUUUGUUUACUCAACCACAGUUCUACAAUUCUAUUCGGUUCAUGGAUGCUCCAGAAGAGUUGCUUUUGUGGAAUAUGUUGUUUGUGAAUAACAUAGAGGUCGAUCAACUCUCCAGAAGAGCUGUUUUGUGAACAAUACAGACAUUUAUGUGAACAUGGAUCCAAGUUUUCUCUCUCUUUCAGCAAUCCCUACAGCGGCCAAAUCAUUGCGUCUCUGGGGUGGGCACAGGAUGGAGAGUGGAGACUCUGGGGUGGGCAUAGGAAAGAGACUCCGGCAUCAAGCAAACAGUUAAUUGAUGAGCAGCCGUACUGAUGCGCGGUGAGAAACGUGAGCGGCGCGCCACAUCGGACAAUGGCAGACAUCAAAUCAAGGCACAUACAACACAUGCUAGACCUUUAGUUCUAAGGGCUAGUGUGAAACUCCAUUUUUUUAAUGGAUUUCCAUUUUCCAAGUGAAAAUAAACUAAUUUUUCUUGGAAAUUGAAAAUCCUCGGAAGAAUGAGGUUUCUAAACUAGCCCUAAGAAUUAGAUAUAAAAGCAGAUACUUAUUAAGAUAUUAAUUUUUUAGUUUUUUUAUUGCAAAUCUACUUGUUAUUUGUUUCUGCUGCAGGUCCAUCUAUUGUGAUCUUGUCAUGUUCUUGUAUCUUCGCAAUGGACAAAAGGGGGUUGGACAGUAGUACCUAGGAUUAUGUGCGCUUGUCUUUAAUUCAAAACUGUUUUUAUAAUAUUGUCCCUAUCAAUUACAACUGUAGCAUUUCGAACAGCUGUCUUUAAUCUGAAACGAAAAACUUAGAUUCAGAAGGCCUAGAUACAGGAGGAUACAACGUCGAAAACUAGCCAUGUCAUUAAAAUUUUGGGUCGGAGUAAAGUUUUCAAAACUCAAAAUACCAUUGUAUAUAUAAUACCAUAGUUUUGAAAACAUACUUUUUUAAAAAUACAAUCAAACACUUUAUAACAUUUAUGAUGAUAUUACUAAAAGUCUUGGUACUACAAAAAUAUUUUAUUUCCACAGGCUCUCAGUAGUUAACUCAGCAAUGGCGCCGAUCUAACGGGAAGAGAGGCACGUCCCACGCCGCGGAAUCUUCUCGCCUCGCCUCGUCUCCUCUGUUCUCCAGUUCUCUCAUAGUCACUCCCCCAACUCUGCUGCUUCCCGUGGCCGUGGUUCAAAAUUCGAAUCCAGAAAGACUUCCCCAAGCAUUUUCCGUUUCUUUAAACCGUCAUCGUCCUCCCUCGUGCUAGCCUCGCUCGUUGCGCGUUCAAAUUUCGAACCACCUCCGCCUUCGACGCCCCAAACCCUAGCCCGACCCCUCCUCCUCCACCUGCGCCACCGCCCACCAUGAGCUCCGCCGCCGCGCCAGCUGCCGUCGGCAGCGGCAAGGAGCUUGCCAACCCGCCCGCCGACGGAAUCACCAACCUCCGCUUCUCCAACCACAGCAACAACCUCCUCGUCUCCUCAUGGGACAAGACGGUGCGGCUCUACGACGCCGACGCCAACGUGCUCAAGGGGGAGUUCAUGCACCCCGGGGCCGUCCUCGACUGCUGCUUCCACGACGACUCCUCGGGCUUUAGCGCCGGUGCCGACCACACCGUGCGGAGGUUGGUAUUUAGCUCGUCCAAGGAAGAUGUUUUGGGGCGGCAUGAUGGUCCGGUUCGUUGCGUGGAAUACUCUUAUGCUGCAGGUCAAGUCAUCACCGGCAGCUGGGAUAAAACUGUAAAAUGCUGGGAUCCAAGAGGAGUUAGUGGACCAGAGCGCACCCUUGUUGGGACAUAUGCUCAACCUGAACGUGUAUAUUCUCUUUCGUUAGUAGGAAAUAGGUUGGUUGUUGCAACAGCUGGAAGACAUGUAAAUAUUUAUGAUCUGCGCAAUAUGUCUCAACCUGAGCAAAAAAGAGACUCUUCUUUGAAAUAUCAAACACGAUGUGUUCGAUGUUUUCCCAACGGAACAGGAUAUGCUCUUAGUUCUGUUGAAGGGCGAGUUUCUAUGGAAUUCUUUGAUCUAUCUGAGUCUGCUCAAUCUAAAAAGUAUGCUUUCAAGUGUCAUCGGAAGUCUGAGGCCGGCAGGGACACCGUUUAUCCUGUCAAUGCAAUUGCUUUCCAUCCCAUAUAUGGAACAUUUGCCACCGGAGGGUGUGAUGGAUUUGUGAAUGUGUGGGAUGGCAUUAACAAGAAAAGACUAUAUCAGUACUCGAAGUACGCAUCAAGCAUCGCUGCUCUAUCAUUCAGUAAGGAUGGGCAUCUGCUUGCUGUGGCAUCCAGCUACACUUAUGAAGAGGGAGAAAAAACGCAUGAACCUGACGCUAUAUUUAUCCGGACAGUGAAUGAAGUCGAGGUGAAGCCGAAGCCCAAGGCAUUGGCAGCCCCCCAGUAGUGCUGUGACCUGUUCUGGAGGCUAGAUGACCCGUACUUCUCUGCGUUGAUGUCAAUUACAUUAGUUGACGGAGUGCUUGUUUGUGUUGAAAGAGCUGAAACGCCUGUGUUUCUUAAUCUGGAACCCUCUUCUCCCGUUUUACUUGUCCGUGGAAACAUUUCAUGUUCCAGCUGGUUGUAUAUUCCGAAACAGACCAUGUUUAAGUUCACUCGGUUCUUCGUUGACUUAAGUUAUUUAUCAAAUAUUUAAGUAUCGUACGUAAGUU